AUGUUUUCUCUCAACGGCCCCAUUCACAAUGCUUUCGGAUGGAAUCAGCAGAAAGAGACCUCCGACGAUGGCUCUCGCCCUGGUCACGGGUUUGGCCGCUCACGACCCGGAGCGAACGACACCAACGAAUCACACCCCAUCGAUGAUUUGAUCGACGAAGCCCAGUCGGCAUUCAGACAACUCCUCGGCAAGCGCUCCGUUACUCUCGAACAAGCGGCAUGGCGAUAUCGCGAAAGACGGGGCCGCCAUCCACCGCCCGGCUUUGACGCCUGGUUCGCUGCCGCCGUCGCAUCCGACGCCGUGGUCGUCGAGGAAUUCUUCGACCGCAUCCACCACGAUAUCAACCCUCUGUGGGGUCUUGAGCCCGCUGACCUGCGCCGCCGCACAGGCCACCAAGCAUCCGUCAUCCGAGUACGCGCCGGCAACGUCCAGAUCGAUACGGACCUUGAGGAGCCGCCCCACCGCCUACGCCAGUGGGCGAAGCUGGUCGCCGAGAUGUCCCCUCACAUCCCCGACCUUGACAUGCCCGUGAACACCAUGGACGAGUCGCGCGUUCUCGUGCCCUGGGAACAGGUAGACGAAUACGUGGCUGCGGAGAAACGGAGUCGCCUCUUUCAGCCUGUGCAUGACGCCAUCUCCGAGUACAGCGGCUUGGCCGCCGACGAUGCGGCGGCAGAGGCGGCUGCAGCGGCAGCGGCGGCGGACAAGUACGACCCUCACUGGAUUGGUGGCGAGGUCACCAAGUACUGGGACCAUUUCCGCGUCGCCUGCCCGCCAGGCAGUCCCGCCCGCAACCUGUCCGCCUUGUCCUCUUUCAAUGUUCCCGUUGAUUACCCCUCAGGUCCUCCGCCUGGGUACACAUAUCGCGGCUACGUCCGCAAUUUCACCGCUUCCCAAGAUGCGUGUUUCCAGCCACACUUGCGCGGCAUGCACGGCACAUUCGUUGAGAGCAUCAGCAUGUCCACCACCCACGACAUGGUCCCUCUCUUCGGCGAGUGUAAGCUUCCACAGAACAACGAGCUCCUGAUCCCAGGCGCCGUAUAUCUUGACGACGACCUUACCACGUACAGUGGCGGCAAAGCCCGGGGUGGUCCCUGGCGCCAGAAGAAGGAUGGUCUCGUUUGGCGCGGCGUCUCUUCGGGCGCCCGCAACAAGAGGCACAACUGGUGGCACAUCCACCGCCACCGUUUCGUCCAGAUGCUCAACGGAACCGCCAUCUCCGCCGCCGAGGUGAACGGGACCAGCCAGGCCAAGACCUUCUCGCUUGUUCCCCCAGACGUGUACGACCUCGGAGUCCAGGUACAGGGCCGGCUAGGCGAAUGGGUGUCCAGUUUCGCCGACGUGGGCUUCGUCGAUAUCCUCUGCGACCCGCCCGACUUUUACCAUCACUGGUGGAAGGGGAAGCAAAGGCAGAAGACGUGCCGGUUCGUCGCUCCGUACUACUCUGUUGCCGACGAGUUGCCCAUGGCGAAGCAGUACGCCUUCAAGUUCCUCCCGGAUGUGGACGGAAAUUCCUUCAGCGGACGGUAUCGGGCCUUUCUCCUCUCGACGAGCCUGCCGCUCAAGUCGACCAUUUACGCCGAAUGGCACGACUCUCGUCUGUUUCCGUGGGUGCACUUUGUUCCCUUUGACAAUUCGUACAUGGACAUCUACGGAAUCAUGGAUUACUUCUUGGACGGGCACGACGCGGAGGCCGAACGCAUUGCGGACGAGGGCAAGGCUUGGGCCGAGUCUGUGCUCCGGAGAGAGGACAUGAGGCUCUAUGUUUGGCGGUUGUUGCUGGAAUACGCGAGGGUCAUGGACGACAACCGGGAUCGACUGGCGUUUGUGGACGAUUGGCGGGGCCUGACGAACUGA